GGGAUUGGCGGCGGCGAAGGGAGGUUCCUUUGUUGGGGCGGGGGAAGCGGCGGCGGCGGCGCUCGUGGGGUGGCUGAUGGAGCGCGGGGGCGCCCAUGGCUGCUGCUGUCCCUCCGCCUGGCAGAGAGCCCAAGGCUGCGAGUGCAUGGUCUGUGAGGGGAAGGAGUUCUGCAUGAAUGGCCUUGGAUGUGGGAAAAUUAGGUUCUGAAGCCUCCCUGAAUGUGAAGGACAAGGUCUGUGGGAGGUGGAACUACCCAGAACUAGAGACCGACUGCCCUGAGCUAGUUAGCAGUGAGCGUCCGCUUUCAGAAGCCACGGAGGUGAAGCCAUCCCCAAAAGGAACUGAGGAUCUGGCAAUGGAUGGAACAGGCCACAGAGUAACUGGUGUCUCCCAGAGAAAGCCCAGCCUUUGUGAAGUAUCUUUAACACCUUCUUCCAGGUUUUCCAGAGCAAAAGCAACAUAUGUGGAGAGGCAGCCAUUAACUGAUUGCUACCGUGAAUGGUUCUAUUUGCCCCAUCGCUUUAGCAGCACUCUUUUCCACCCCGAAGGGCGGCAGCAGAUGAAAAUGGUGGAAUGUCUGGGCUGCAAGGAGCACCUUCCGAAUGCUCCUGAGCAUCAGCCAACACUUCAGAGCUCAGCAAUGGACGCCAAAGUUUACCUCUCCAGUUCUGAGCCCCUUCCUGCCAUAAAUGCUGACCAUGGGAGCCAGGCCUCACUUUCCCUUUCUUCAGCCACUUUGAAGUCUUUGCCUAACAGAACACUCCCCAGUUUUGAGACAGCAAUCCCAACGUUUUCCAGAUCGAGCCUUUCCACUCCACCUUCAGAAGACGACGACUUUGAACAGCAGGAGAUAAGGUCAAGAAGCUUACCAGCUCGAAGGGUUUUUCCUUCAUCUGAAGUCUUCCCCUCUCGGUAUCUGCACAGUGGCUCUACUCCAGUAGAAGAUCCCAUGCUCAGCACACGCAGGCGGUUAAAUCCUCUCUUUGAUGACUGCGUAGCCGUGGAACAGGAAAAAAAGAGGUCGUCCUUUCAGGCUGAUUACUGGGCAUGUGCAAUACCUGAUUCUUUACCCCCGUCUCCGGACCGGCAGUCUCCACACUGGAACCCUAAUAAAGAGUAUGAGGACUUGCUUGAUUACACUUACCCCUUGAAGCCAAAAUACAAGCUUGCAAAGAACCCCAAGUCUGUGAUGCCUGAUCCCUUCUUCCAUGACUCUGGUAUAGAUCUUGACAGCUUUUCCGUUUCACCUGAGAGCACUUUGAAGUGUAUCAGUGCACCCGGUCAAAAUCAACAUGCUUCAGGGAGCAACGUAAGCCAGAGUAAGGAGUGUGGGAUCUCAGCAGAGAGAUUUUCAACUCCCUUGUCUAAGAAGCCAGGGUAUUUAGGAGCAGUUCCUUACUAUGGACCUUCACCUGUCACAAAAGUGUCCUUUGCAGAAUGUGUUGGUACUGCCACCAAAGCAGAUCCCGUUAGAGGGUUUGCAAACGGUUUGCUUACUUCCAAGUGUGCUGGACUAAGUCCAUGUAAUCCGACUCACAUAGAUGGGAGAGGCUGGGGUAACAGAGGAGAUGAAGACUUUUCAAAGUGUCAGGUAAAGGAAAAGGGUGCCAGUCAUUUUGUAUCCACUACACAAAUACUGCCACUGAAAAAAGCAUGGGAGAAUGAUGAAGAAUUUCUUUCCCUGCCUCCCAGAAUCAAGGAGUUAGAAGGUUUGGCUCAAUAUUUGUCUGAUCUUUCGCUGACUAAAGGGAGACCGGGGCAUGACCAGGUGCAACAAGACCUUCCAUGCUACAGUGGCAGCAGAGGGCAGCUUUCCUCUGACUCUGUUGAAGAUCAAGGCAGCAUAAAGAGCAAAUAUGGAAUUCAGGGCAGUGAGGAUUGUGUUCUGUGUCACGCAUGCAACCCUCAAAAGCCCUCUAUAAAAACCAUUUACCAGGACCACAGGGAAUCUGUAAGAAGAUUGGGAAUGCCCUCCAUCAGGGACAUGCUAGAUGGGAGAUACCUGUGUGCACUGGAGGGUGAAGGGCAGCAUCUAACAAAAGGGAAGGACCAACAGAAGGAGUCACUUGCACAAUGUAUUAAGAUAUUUUGCUGUCAGCUAGAAGAGCUAAUUCAUUGGCUGUAUAAAGUAGCAGACGUUACAGACAACUGGAUUCCACCCGAACCAGAUGUUGAAAGUGUGAAGACUUCCCUACAUCGUUACCUGCAAUUCAAGAAAGAUGUAGCUGAUCACCAGACGCUGACAGAGAGUGUGUUACAAAGGGGUGAAACCCUCCUGAAAUGUAUGGCGUCAAAUUCACCGGUUUUAAAGGACACCCUUGGAUUGAUUGCAAAACAAUCAGAAGAACUUGAAAGCCAUGCAGAACGUUUGUAUGAAUCGGUUUUGGCAGCUACGGAUACCAUUGGGGGUCACAGCCUGACAAAGGACAGUGACACACAACAAACGGUUGCGCAGGCAAAAGAAGCCAAGUGGGUCAUACCUCUAGCAGAGAUGGAAUUUGUCAGCCGAUCUUUGGAGGCAUGAAGAGUGAGAUGCAGCAAGACACUCUAAGCAAUAACAUUUUCAACUUUUAUAGAAAUGUCAAAGUGAAAUUGAUCACGAAGUACAGUGCUACUUGGCAAUGCUGGGAUGCUUUUCAUCAGUUUGUGAAGUAAGAGCUGGUGGUUACGGGGUUGUUUUUUAUUUAAACUAGUCCUGCAGUUUAAGUUGUUGUUGUAGCAGAUACACAGGUGCUCUUCAAGCAAGCGCUCACUGAAAUUGUCAUUAGCAUUUCCCUUUAGAAGUUGCUUGUUCCAUUUAACAGUGUGUAAUUGUCAGGAACUACCACCUUUUAAAACGAGCGAGUCAGCUAAACACAGUACCCACAGUGUUUGUGCUGUAUCGCCGAUACACAACUUCGUUUCAAGUAAAGCUGUGUGGUUUUA